AUGUCUUUCACCUCCUCCUCCUCCUCCUGGUCCCGGACUCUCCGAGCCUUGCUCCUCCUGCAGCUCCUCCUCGCGCCGCCGUGCCUCCUCCACCCGCAGCCUUGCCACCUCCUGGCGCAGAUCGGACACACGGUGCGCGUCGGUGCGCUCCUGCCGGCGCAGCGCGCGGCUCGCGUGCAGGUCCAGGCAGCGCUGAGUCGAGCGGCGGCAGCGAUGAGCCGGGAGCGGGACCCGGAUUCGGAGCGGGAUCCCGAGCGGGACCCGGAGCCCUUGCUGCCCUAUAACCUGAGCGUGGAGCUGGUGUGGCGGCAGCCGGUGGCGGCGGACCCGCAGUCGCUGCUCCGCUGCGCGUGUGAGGGUGUGGUGGUACGGGCGGUCUCCGCCGUGCUCGCCUUCCCGCAGAGCCGCGAGGAGCUGCUACAGGUGGACCUCCUGGCCUCCUUCCUGCAGAUCCCCUUCAUCAGCGUCCUGGAGCAGGAGGAGCCGCUGCGCGCGCAGAACCGGUUCCACCUGCAGAUGGCGAUGGGGGUUCCAGAGUCGGGUCUGUCAGAGCUGCUGCUGACAGUUCUUCGGCGCUCCGGUUGGCGUGAGGGAACCGUGGUUCUGUGUCGGGGGUGGGAGGAGGCACGGGGCCUCCUGCGGCUCCUGGAGGGCGGGGCCUCCUGGCAGGUGCGUGCCCUGCUGAACCUGACGCAGUCGGCGCAUGACGACACUCAGAUCCACGACUUCCUGUCCCGACACUUCCGGCAGAGCCCCGUGGUGCCGGCGGCUGUGCUGCUGUUUGGCGACGACCCGCAGUGCGCAGCAGCGGUGCUGCGCAGCGCUCAGGACCUGGGCCUCACCUUACCCAUGGUGCACUGGGUGCUAGGCCAGCCGCUCAGCCCCGAUGCGCUUCACGCCAUAGGCCUGCCGCUUGGCCUGCUGGCCUACGGCGAGGUGGAGAGAAAGCCGCUCGACUUCUACGUCAGAGACGCCCUGCAGCUCGUCGGCCGCGCCGUCGCCGCGGCCACCCGGGUCAGACCGGACCUCGCCCUGAUCCAGAACACAGUCAACUGCUAUGACACGCCUGAGAGACACCUGUCUUCAGGACGGUACCUGUCCAGGUUCCUGUCCAACACCUCAUUUUCCGGUAUGACGGGUCCAGUCCGAGUCCAUCAGAACUGGUCUCAGGUCCUCACCUCCCAGCGUUUUCACGUGUGGAGCCUGCGGCGGGACGCGCUGGGUCAGCCCACCUGGGUGACGGUGGGCAGCUGGGAGGGGGGCCAGCUGCAGGUGGAGGACCAGGGAGUCUGGCAGGGGUCUAAACCUCGCCACAGGACAGACGGGACGGGCGGGAGGACCAGGGGGCGCUGGAGGCCCGGGAUACCGGUGGUGGGGAGUCGGGUGCGGGUGGUGACUCUGGUGGAGCAUCCCUUUGUGUUCACGCGGGACGUGGACGACGAGGGCAGCUGCCCGGCCGGUCAGUUCUGCCUGGACGCUGGCACCAACAGCUCUGACACUCUGGAGAGGUUCUUCAGGGAGGUGGCGGGUGGGAACGGCAGCUUCCUGCCAGCGGAGUACAGCAAAUGUUGCUAUGGAUACUGCAUUGACCUGCUGGAGAAGCUGGCGGAGGACCUAGGCUUCGAGUUCGACCUGUACAUUGUUGGGGACGGGAAGUACGGAGCGUGGAAGGGGGGGCGCUGGACCGGGCUGGUGGGGGAUCUUCUGAAUGGACUGGCAGACAUGGCGGUCACCUCCUUCAGUAUCAACUCAGCUCGCAGCCGUGUGAUCGACUUCACCUCGCCCUUCUUCUCCACCAGCCUGGGCAUCCUGGUGCGCAGCAAGGACACGGCGGCCCCAAUCGGGGCCUUCAUGUGGCCCCUGCACUGGUCCAUGUGGGUGGGCAUCUUCCUGGCGCUGCACAUAACGGCGCUCUUCCUCACACUGUAUGAGUGGAAGAGUCCAUACGGCAUGACGCCCCACGGGCGCAACAGAAUAAGGGUGUUCUCGUACUCCUCGGCUCUCAACCUGUGUUACGCCAUCCUGUUUGGACGCACCGUCUCCUCCAAGACCCCCAAGUGCUGGACAGGCCGGUUCCUGAUGAACCUGUGGGCCAUCUUCUGCCUGCUGGUGCUCUCCAGCUACACUGCCAACCUUGCCGCUGUCAUGGUGGGCGAGAAGACCUUCGAAGAAGUGUCAGGAAUCCACGACGCCAAGCUGCACCACCCGUCGCGGGGGUUCCGUUUCGGGACAGUGAGGGAGAGCAGCGCUGAGGAUUACAUGAAGAAGAGUUUCCCAGAGAUGCACGAGUACAUGAGACGCUUCAACGAGCCGACCACGCCUGAAGGAGUCGCCACACUCAAGACAGAUCCUCCUCAGCUCGACGCCUUCAUCAUGGACAAAGCUCUGCUGGAUUAUGAAGUUUCCAUUGAUGCCGACUGUAAACUGGCAACCGUCGGAAAACCGUUCGCCAUUGAAGGUUACGGGAUCGGCCUGCCUCAGAAUUCCCCUCUGACCUCUAAUGUAUCCGAGUUCAUCAGCAGGUACAAGUCUGAGGGCUACAUGGACCUGCUGCAUGACAAGUGGUACAAAGUUGUUCCGUGUGGGAACCGAGUGUUCGCCGUCACCGAGACUCUGCAGAUGGGCAUCAGUCACUUUUCGGGACUCUUCGUCCUGUUGUGUGCUGGAGUGGGCGGAGCCUUGCUGACUCUUGCAGGUGAACACGGUUUCUACCAACUCGUCCUGCCGCACAUCCGCCGCCGACAGAACCUCAAGUACUGGCUGCACACGUCACAGAAAAUCCAUCGAGCUCUCAACAUGACGUAUGAGGACGUGAAAAGGCAGCGGGCGGAGAAGGAGAAAAGCUGUAACCUGCAGAAGCCUCCAGGCCCCUCCGGCCCCAACGCCGCUCCAGCCGCCGGAAUCUCAGCCAAGUGGAACAACGAGGCCAGUAAGGACGCCGCUGCCGCCGCCGCUGCAGCUGCAGCUACUGCUGCAGCCGCCAUUCCUAAGGAUGCACGAGACUUCAAACGAGUCCACUUCAACCUUGAGACCCUCAACACCCGCCGCCUGCUUGCUCGCAUUGCCACCUCUGAAGCCAAGGGAUGCCGGGCCAAACCGGAGGGGGAGGGGCCAUCCAAGCCGAGGGCGGGGCCAAACAGUAGACUGUGUGAGAAUGGAGGACCAGCGGCAUCUCUGGCCAGUCUGGUGCUCUCCCUGCCAUCCUCUUCCGCUUCCUCCGCCACCAAACAAAAACCCUCAGCACGUCCCCCUGCUGCUGCAGCCCGCCCCCCUGCAGCGGUGGUCUCGCCCCCUGCAACGAAGUCCCCGCCCCCUGAAGAGGUGGUCCCGCCCCGCCCCGGCGAGCUGGAGGAGCUGCAGGAAGAGAUCGAACAGAUGAGGGAGCGGCUGAGGACGGCGCUCGCCAGGAGGGCCGAGAUUCAGACCACUCUGACCAAACCUGCUGAAGCUGCCACAAAUAACCUGUCCUCAGUUACCACGGCAACCACAUCUACCACAGGAGCUGCGCCCAGCACUUCAACCAACGCCCCGGUAAUGCCUUUCCCUGGCAACACAAAGUGUGUGACAACCAUGACGGACCCGCCUCACAAAGUCCUGUCCAAAGUCCGGCCCCUCCACAGCAGACUGACCAAUCAGAGAAGGUGA